AUGGGCCAGGCUGGCAGCGUCAAAGAAACGUUUCACGGGUGGAUUUGCGGCAGCGGUAUCGAAGAAGGGUCCGGCCCCGGUCGCCGUGUGGUGGCGGCGUCCGCGAGCCGCUCGCGGCCCAUGGAGCGGGCGAGCCUGAGGGCGACGUUUCGGCUGCGAUGCGCGGAGCGCAUCGCACCCAGUGAGCUCAGCAAGGACUGCCCGGUAAAGCUGGUAGUCUUUGACUUCGACGAGACCCUGACUCUGGCGACCUUCAUGACCGGCAACUGUGAGUAUGCAGAUGACGAGGAGAAGGACAUCGCCCGGGUGAUCAACUUCGAGACGCCCUGGGUCGAGGGCUCCCGAAUCGUGAAGCUCCAGAAGAUGCUUCAGGCAAUCAAGGAAGGUGCUGAUGGACGGCAAAGAUUCUUGACCGUCCUCACCAACAAUGGUAAGGGCGUGCAGGCAGUGAUCAACAUGCUCAAGAUCGCUGGUCUGGAUGCGUACUUCAGUGCCGUAUGGACUAUGCCCUGGCGGCAGUACAUGCCUAACGGGGCCUACAAAGACACGAAGGGCCAGUGGAACUUGUUUGACCCGCCUUCGGACAAGGUGCGAAACCACAAGGCAGAUGUCCUCAAUCAUGUGACGAAGUAUCCCGAUGCAUGGUUUCCGCAGAUUGGCCAGGACAGCAGCUUCAAGGCCAUCGAAAGCCUGCAGAUGGGGAACAUCGUGUUAGUGGACGACCAGCGGGCCAACUUCCAAAGUCAGUUUGGUGCCAGCAUACUGCGCUACUGCAAGGUGGCACGCUACGAUGCAGACCUCUACUACGACAUGCGCAUGGUCAAGAACAUGGGAGGCAUUGGUGCCCACCAUGACGCGGACUAUGACACGCUGAAGCGGUUCGUGGAGGACCCAUGGAUGUGCAAAGAGACCCUCCAAAUCCGAUGCCAGGAGCGGGACUUUCGGGGUUGGGAGACUCAGCCGCCAGUGAAGCUCGUCGUUUUUGACUUCGAUGAGACGCUGACGUUGGCUACCUUCAUGCCCCAGAGCAAGGCCAUUGCAACCAAGGUCGGCUGGACUCCAGCAGAGGCAGCUUUCAAAGACUGGAGCCAAGAAGACCUUGUGAAGUAUAACUUUGAAUCCCCGUGGUGCGAGGGAAGAGUACAGAAGCUCAAGGCAAUGUUCGAGGACAUCGAGAAAGAGCAGCGUGUGCUAGCCAUCCUCACUCAGAACGCCCACGGGGUGGUAGCUGUGCUGAACUUGCUGAAGCUGGCCAACUUGUCCGAGCACUUUAGUGCAAUUUGGUCCAUGUCGCCAGCACAGUCCGGCGAGUGUGACGGUGCCUUUUGGGAGAGCGGCCGGUGGCACCUCUUUCAGACGCCUUGCUCACAAGUGCACAGGCACAAGGCAGACGUGUUGACCCAUGUCGCGGAGCACCCCUUGCGAUGGUUUCCGCAGAUGGGAGGAGGCGAUAGUAGUCCCGUGUCCGGCAUCCUCAGCAAACUCCAGCUUGAGAACAUCGUCCUUGUAGACGACGAGCGUGCCAACUUCCGAAGCGAAGCGACCAUGGCAGCUGCCAUGGUGUACAGGUACUGCAAGGUGGCCCGGUACGACGAGACUUAUCGUGACUGUGGUCUGCUGGAUCAGAUGGGUGGCAUAGGGGCUCAUAGUGAUGGGGACUAUGAGGAGCUCCGGAGUUUCCUCCGGCAGCCUUGGGACUAUCCAUACCCAACGCGUACGGAGAUGUCCCCGAUGAAGAAGAAUGCUUCAAGUGGCAUCAGCUUCUCACAAGAUGGACAAGCUGAGAGCAGCAAGGCGAAGAUCGAGCUAGUGCGCUGCAACGAGGAUGAGCCAGAGACCACGCAGAAGGCGCCGCGCCACAGGAUCGGCUUCUGA